GCAGGUUGCAUUUUACUGGAGCUAGGAAACAGCCCAGAAUCGUUGCCAGAGUUCUGUCUUGGAACAAAGUAAUCAGCAGCCAGUGCUUUUGAGCAUGUGCGUUAGUGCCUCUCUUUCCCUCUCUCUCACAACACGGAACAAUUUCCUCUCCUCCCCGCACAUCUGGGUUUAAGAAGAAAGAGGUCCGGCUCACAAAACACAGGAGACGAGACCCUCGGCACCUCCAGUAUCUUAUCUCGUGCAAGGGAUGUAAGGGCAGAGAAAGACUCUCCUACUAUGGCGGAGAAGUGGGCCAAUGGACACUCUUCUUCAAUAUUAUGUUUGAACGUGAACAAAGAUGGUCUGUUGGCUUCAGGAGCAGAAGGAGGGGAGCUAACCAUCUGGAGUGAGGAAGGGACUCCAUUAGAACACACACUUCUUCAGAAAGCUGAUGAUGUCACCAGCGUUGUGUUUUCUCCCACCUGUUCCAAAAGACUAUAUGCUUCUCAUGGAGAGACUGUUAGCAUUUUGGAUACUAGAUGUCUCAAAGAGCCAGUUGAACAUUUCCAUGUAAAUGAUGAAGAGAUCAAUUGUCUUUCAGUAAAUGAAACAGAUAGUUUAUUAGGUGCUGCAGAUGAUUCUGGAGUAAUAAAGAUUAUUGAUCUGGAAAGCAAGAAGUUAAGCCGCUGCCUUAGACGACACUCAAAUAUUUGUGCAUCAGUUGUGUUUCGUCCUCAGAGACCUCAAAGCCUUCUUUCAUGUGGUCUGGAUAUGAAGGUUAUGAUGUGGAACUUACAGAAAGCUCGCCCUCUGUGGAUUGUGGACUUGCAAGAGGAGGAAGUCAAUGAACAUUCAACUGGUCAGCUUUUUAACCCUCCAUUGGCCCAUUCCUUGUCUGUUUCUGCUUGUGGCAAUGUUUUUGGCUGUGGAGCUGAAGAUGGUAAAAUCAGAAUCUUUAGGGUAACAGGUACCAAGUUUGAGCAGGAGGCAGCAUUUAAGGGCCACUCCUUAGCAGUGUCACAGAUUUUCUUUCUACCAGAAGCCUACCGGUUCAUUACAGGAGGAAAUGAUGGCAGAGUGUUGUUGUGGGAUGUCAGCAAUGAACUAGGAAAACAGAAGAGUCCAGUCAAAUCCAUCCACAGAAGGAGAACUAGGUUGCCCAACACCACCAAUAAACUUGACAAAAUAAAUGCAGAGUGUUCAAAUGAGCAUAUGCCAAUUUUACCAAAACUAACGAUUGAACAUGGAGAGAAGGUGAACUGGAUUUCAUGUGCAGAGAUUAAAGGCUCUAGAAGAAUACUGGUUGCUGAUCAGAGUACCAGUAUAUCAGUCUAUCCUAUUGCUGAAGCUUAGAC